CAGGGUAGCGCUACUGGGGCAAAGUGAGUUGGAAGGCGGAGUGAGCCCAGAGCCGGAGCUGGACUGUCUUCCAUUCUUUCGAUUUCUGAGAAAUCAGCUCACACCCAUCACCAGCAUUUGAGAGUGGAGCCGGCGGUCAGGGAUUGCAGGAUGUACUUCAGCUGGGGCGCUGGCUCCCAGGGGCGAAAGCGCGGGCUGGCACGGGUUCCCAGGCACGCCAGAGGCGACCAGCUCCUGCAGGCGGCCAGCGGGGAGCGCCACUCGCUGCUACUGCUGAACCACCAUGAGGUCCACUCAUUCGGGGACAACAGCCUGGGGCAGCUGGGCCAGAGGGGAGUGCCUCGCCGGGAGCGGCCAGGACUAAUUCAGUCAUUGGCAACUCUACGUGUUGCUUUCGUGAGCUGUGGGAAGGAGCACUCUCUUGCUGUCUGCCACAGAGGAAGAGUCUUUGCAUGGGGAGCUGGUUCUGAAGGGCAGCUGGGGAUUGGAGAAAUUAAGGAAAUAAACUUUAUACCUAAGAAAAUAAAUGCUCUAGCUGACAUAAAAAUAAUACAAGUUUCCUGUGGACACUACCACUCCCUGGCAUUAUCAAAAGAUGGCCAAGUGUUUUCAUGGGGGAAGAACAGCCAUGGUCAGCUGGGCUUGGGGAACGAGUUCCCCUCCCAAGCCAGUCCGCAGAGGGUGAAGUCCCUGGAGGGCAUUCCGCUGGCUCAGGUGGCUGCAGGAGGAGCUCACAGCUUUGCCCUGUCCCUCUGUGGGACUUCAUUUGGCUGGGGAAACAACAAUGCAGGGCAGCUGGCCCUUAGUGGGAAAAAUGUCCCAGAGCAAAGCUACAAGCCCCGUUCAAUUGGUGCACUGAAGAAUCUAGGUGUAAUUUAUAUCAGUUGUGGUGAUGAGCACACUGCAGUGCUUACUCAGGAUGGGCGGGUAUUUACAUUUGGAGACAACAGUCGCGGACAGCUAGGACACAGUACCACUGCCAAGUCAAGAGGCCCACAACUUGUGAAAAGAAUUAACGGCUUAGUUUCACAGAUAGAUUGUGGAAGUUAUCACACCCUUGCAUAUGUCUAUACCACUGGUCAAGUGGUAUCUUUUGGUCAUGGACCAGGUUGCACAAGCAACCCAACCCAUUCAGAAGCCACAACAGAGAACUUUGACAUGAGCUGCCUGAUUUCUGCCAGUGACCUUGUGGAUAGUCACAUCAAACACAUUUUUGCUGGAACUCAUGCCAACUUUGUGACAGUUCAUCAGGAUGCUAGUUCUACGAGCGUUUCCAAGAAAAUCCUGCCAGAAAUAAGCCGAAUGAACCAGUCCCUGGCAGAAAAGUGGCUAGCAGUGAAGAGCGGAAGUAGUGAAUAUGAAGUGGCUAAAAGUGAAAUUGGAAUGAUAUUUUCAUCUCCUGCUUGUCUGACUGCGAGCUUUUUAAAGCAAAGAGGAACUGAAGAAAGGAUUACCAUUUAUGUGGACUUACAAAUGGCAAGAGAUAUCUUCAAGAAGAUAACAAAAAAGGAAUGGAUUUCUUCCAUGAUGACUACAAGUCUCCGGGAUAAUCUACUACGAGCUCUCCCAUGCCAUUCUCCACACCAGGAAGCUUUAUCAGUUUUUCUCCUGCUUCCAGAAUGCCCUGUGAUGCAAGAUUCUCAGAAUCAGAGCCUGGUGGUUUCAUUUGCAGAGGCUGUUUGUAAAAUGAGUAACCAGUCUUUACAAGUCCUGAGAAAGUGUUGGGCAUUGUCAGAAGCAUCUUCUCUGAACACACUGGUCCAGAUGCUUAAAACACCUAUUGCCUCUCAACUGCGUUUUCCCAUGAUGUUGAUGAUAGUGGAGCAGAGUCAUUUAAAUUUUAAAGCUCUUCUGGGAACUAUGAAAGAAGUACAUAAGGUCACAUGCAGUGAGAAAAACAAAUCUAACAGUCAACUACCAGAAGAUACUUUCCACAUAAACGAGCUCUCUGAUCUGUUGGACUUUCGCGAAGAGAGACGAAAAAUGUUUGCUCAAUAUAAUAGCCUGGAUCCUGCAGACACCCCCAGUCCUAUUCCUUUCAGUGAUUUUCCAUUUAUCUUUAAUUUGCCGUGCAAAAUUAAAUUAUUGAAAGCUGAUUCAGAAAUUAAAAGGAUGGAGUAUUGGAUGCAAACAAUUCCGCCCGGAAAGAAUAGCUUGUUUACACUUAGAGUAAGACGGACUCACCUGGUUGAAGAUGCCCUGCAUCAGUUAUGUCAAGCUGAAGUCCCUGACCUUCGGAAAUUAUUAGUGGUUGAGUUUAUUAAAGAAAUUCGUCCUGAGAGUGGAGGGGUCCGUUCAGAGUUCUUCCACUGUAUGUUUGAAGAGAUGACCAAGCCAAACUAUGGCAUGUUCAUGUAUCCUGAAAAAGAUUCCUACAUGUGGUUUCCUGUCAAUCCCACAAUUGAGAAGAAGAAAUAUUUCCUCUUUGGGAUGCUAUGUGGACUCUCCCUGUACAAUUUAAAUGUUGCCAAUCUUUCUUUCCCACUGGCUCUGUAUAAGAAACUUCUCUACAAAAAACCAUCAUUGGAAGAUUUAAAAGAACUCAGUCCUCUUUUGGGGAAGAAUUUGCAAUGUCUUCUAAAUGCUGAAGCUGCUGAUAUGGAAGAACUUUUCAUAUAUUUUUCUAUACACUGGGAUCAAACUGAUGUUGAUUUAAUUCCAAAUGGAAUCUCUGUACCUGUGGACCAAAGCAAUAAGCAGGACUAUGUUUCUAGGUGUGUUGAUUACAUUUUCAACAUCUCUGUAAAGGCAGUUUAUGAGGAAUUUCAUAGAGGAUUUUACAAAGUCUGUAACUGGGAGAUAAUUAGACAUUUCCAGCCUGAGGAACUAAUGACAGCGAUAAUUGGAGAUACUAAUUAUGACUGGGAACAAUUUGAAAAGAAUUCCCAGUAUUAUGACGGGUACUACAGAUCACAUCCAACUAUACAGAUGUUUUGGAAAGCUUUCCACAAGUUAACUUUGGAUGAAAAGAAAAAAUUCCUCCUGUUUCUUACAGGAUGUGAUAGGCUGCAAGUAAUAGGCAUACAGGAUGUAGGGAUAAGAUUUCGCUGUCCCACAACUUUCAGUGAAAACGACUGUCCAAGAUCAUUGACAUGUCAUAGUAUUCUAGACCUGCCUAAAUAUUCUACAAUGGAAAGAAUGGAAGAAGCACUUCAAGUAGCCAUCAACAAAAGCAGAGGCUUUGUGUCACCCAUGGUCACAUUGUAAUGAUCACCUUUCAGAGUCUCAUGAAGGCCUCAGGCACUCAAGCCUCUCAGUAUUAUCAACAAUAGUAUUUUCUGCUGGGCAAGGCAUAGGCCUGUAAUCCUGGUGGCUCCAGAGGCUGAGUCAGGAGGAGUGCAAGUUCAAAGCCAGGAUCAGCAACUGGGUGAGGCCUAAAGAAAUUUAGUUAGACCCCGUCUCUAAAUAAAAUAUAAAAAUGGGCUGGGGAGGUAGCUUAGUGGUUAAGUGCCCCUGGGUUCAGUCCCCAGUACCAAAAAAAAAAAAAAAAAAAAGAGAGAGAAUAGUAUUUUUAGUUUAACAAAAUUAUGUACAACAACAUCUCCUGUAUCCCUAACUUUGCUAUUAGAAUGUUUGCUUUUACUGAAUUAUUUCCUGAACAAUUUAAAAAUAAACUGAAUAUGAAUAAUAUUGAUAUUUUUAAAAAAUUAUUGUACCUCUAAUAUACUGCCUGCAAGUCUGAAAGCCUGUCAAGUUUGAAAAAAAUAAAUAAAAUGUUAACUAUGUUUAUGUUUUAA